AUGUUACUAACGAGGUUCGGAUGGACUUUCCGAUGCCGAGAAACCCGGCGCUUUUUCUCUACGAAAAGUGUCCCGAAAGCGGAGGUCAAAUACACUGGCACAAUAAAUUUACCGAAAACAAAGUUUCCGGCCCGACUGAGUGUGGAAAAGCGAACCGAGGUGGAGAAUCAGCUGCGGAAGACUUGUUUGAGUGAGCUGUACAGCUGGAACCGAAAUGAUCUACCGGCAGAGAAUGAAUUUAUUCUACACGAUGGACCACCCUACGCCAAUGGGGAUCUACACAUGGGCCAUGCGGUGAACAAAAUCUUGAAGGACCUUAUACUGAAGCACAAAAUGGUGAGCGGCACACGGGUGCAUUAUGUACCGGGCUGGGAUUGUCACGGAUUGCCGAUCGAACUGAAGGCGCUGGAAGCGUUCAAUCGCAAGAAGCACAAGGUGCCGGGUGAAAGUAUCAAAACGGAACAUGAGAUUCGUACCACUGCCCGACAGUUUGCACUGGAAACGAUAGCAAAACAGAAGGCGGGAUUCGAAUAUUGGGGCGUGACGGGUGCCUGGAAUGAAGACCGUGGAUACUAUCGUUCGUUGGAUGCUUCGUACAUUAGCGCACAGUUGCAAUUGUUUUAUGAGCUGUACCAGCGGAAGUUGAUUUAUCGUGAUUUAAAACCCGUCUAUUGGUCACCCUCGUCACAGUCAGCAUUGGCGGAAGCAGAGCUAGAGUACGAUGAGGCACACCAAAGUCCAUCGCUUUAUUUAAAGGUGGCGUUAGAAAACCGUGGAUCAAGUUGUUCGGCGAUUGACCAACAACAGCUGACAAGCGAACAGGUGUUUGCUGUCAUAUGGACUACCACUCCUUGGACUUUACCCGCCAAUCAGGCCAUUUGCUACAAUCCCGCACUGAAUUACAGUCUCGUACGAUCAUCAUCGUCCGGUGAGUUGUUGCUCGUCGGAACAGAUCUCGUAGCUUAUUUAGGUGAACAGUUGGAAAGUUCGCUUGCGGUACUUCAAACCAUCCCGGGUACAGCUUUAGCAGCUUUAAAAUACCAUCAUCCCUUGCAGCGGGACAAAAUAUUGCCAUUCCUUCCUGCAUCGCACGUUAAAGCGGAGAAGGGUACCGGUCUGGUACAUACGGCCCCUGCACAUGGUCCGGAAGAUUUUCUCGUAUGCUUGGAGCGUAAAAUAUCCAUCGAGAAUCUUAUCAACGAACGGGGGCUGUACAAUGACCACGCACCGCCAUUUUUGCGAGGAAAGUACGCACUUACCGAGGGAAACACUUUGGUGACGGAGGCGCUGAAAGAUUGCGUGCUGAAAUUAAGCUCCAUUGUACACUCGUACCCUAUCGAUUGGCGUACGAAGCGCCCGGUUAUGUUACGUGCCAGUGAUCAGUGGUUUAUCGAUACGAACCGGCUUAAAGAGCGAGCUCUGGAGGAGAUCCGGAAGGUUGACAUCUAUCCUCACACAUCUUCGGAGGUGAGCAAAAAAGUAAUCGAAGGACAGCUUAGUAAACGACCGUACUGGUGUAUUUCGCGGCAACGUGCCUGGGGCGUUCCGAUUCCGGUGCUGUAUGAUACAGUGACCAAGGAACCGAUCGUUAGCAAAGACUUGCUCACUAUCAUCGAAGAUCGUCUAAAGCGAGAAUCUACGAUAGAUUUCUGGUGGACGAGUACGCUAGAAGACCUCGUACCCGCCGGACUGCUCCAUCAGCUCGGCAGUCCCAACAGGCUGGAGAAAGGGAAGGACAUUCUUGACAUAUGGUUCGAUUCCGGUGUCUCGUGGUUGUCGGUGUUGGGCAACGACCGUGUCGCUGAUUUAUAUCUCGAGGGAAUAGAUCAAUUUACUGGCUGGUUUCAAUCGUCCUUGCUUACCAGCGUGGCCGCCCGCGGAACGGCACCGUACAAAGCGAUUUUCGUGCACGGAUUCGCAGUUGAUGAAAAUGGGAUGAAAAUGUCGAAAUCGCUUGGCAAUGUUAUCUGUCCCAGACAGAUUGCCCAACAGUAUGGUUGCGAUGCCUUACGGUGGUGGGUUUGUGCACACGCGACCCAAAAUACAUCCAUCCCUGUAAGCCACAAACUGCUCGGGACUUCGGCGGAAAAUGUUCAAAAGUUGCGGGGAAUUUUGAAAUUCUUGCUCGGUGUUGUAGCACCGGACGGUGCGGAUAAUUCGCGAAGGUGCGCCAAAAUACAACCGGAUCGUCUACACCACAUUGACCGGUAUUACUUGCAGCAGCUAGAAUCGUUCCAUCGCACCGUAUUUGCACUGUACGACUCGUACCAGCAUAAUAAGGCAACCGCAAUCAUUCUCAACUUCUGCCAAACGACACUGUCCGGGCUGUAUCUGCAUGUGAUAAAGGAUCGGUUGUACUGUGGCACUAGCGAAGAGCACAGCAAUCUGAAAGCGAUUCUCGAUGCUACCUAUCGGAUAGUAUCAAAAGUGUUGUGGCCAAUCGUUCCAUUCCUGGUGGAAGAAAGCUGGAUGUAUUACGAGAAAGAUUAUUUCUAUAAAUCGAAUCGUCAACACACACCGGAUGUUUCACCGCUUGCUGACCCACGCUCGGCAACGGCUGUUGAGUGUGCCCUCGAGCUGCGCCAUUCCGUUUAUCAGCAGGCACAGCUAAACGUGAACACGUGGUUGCUAGAAGUGGCAAUCGAAUGUAACGAUAGUGAUCUUACACUCCUAUCACUGCUCCAUCCGACUAGGAAUGAAUCUGACCGCUCGACAGAACUCUGUGAAUUGCUACAAGUUGGUGCAGUGACUCUGCUUAAAGCAUCCGCAGGUGAAAAUCGAUUUACCGUCGCGGUGAAAAAAUCGGACAAACCUCUGUGUCAGCGGUGCCGGAGAUAUUUAGUUUCGGAGCAGGAUAAAAUCUGUGAACGAUGCAAUAUAAUACUAAGUCAACGGUGA